AUGAGUAAAGCAGGCGCUGUGGGACGCGGGCUAUAUGCUGUUUUGGCCUUUUUAGUUCAAUCAGUUUUUCGAGUUGGGUUAAAUGUCUCACUCGUGGCCUCCGUUUGUAUGACGAUAUAUGCAGUUGGAUGUUUUUCAAAAGAAGCUCUUAAACAAAGAAAAGAAGCUAAUUAUCGUGGUUCGGCUGAAAUUAGGAACACUUCUGUAAAGAAUGGUGAAUUGCAAACCUCCCAGUUCUGCAGUUACGACCGAAGCAAUAGUGAUAAGCUUAAAUAA